AUGACCACUAACCAUUGUAGAUUUUACGAAAACAAAUUCCCAGAAGUCGAUGACAUCGUCAUGGUCAAUGUCCAACAAAUUGCCGAAAUGGGUGCAUACGUCAAACUGUUAGAAUAUGACAAUAUUGAAGGUAUGAUUCUUUUGAGUGAAUUGUCUCGUAGACGUAUUAGAUCCAUUCAAAAAUUAAUUCGUGUGGGUAAGAAUGACGUUGCCGUGGUUCUUCGUGUAGAUAAGGAGAAAGGUUACAUUGACUUAUCGAAACGUCGUGUUUCAUCGGAGGAUAUUAUUAAUUGUGAAGAAAAAUACCAAAAAUCAAAGGCUGUUAAUUCAAUUCUAAGGUUCUGUGCUGAGAAAUUCCAGAUCCCAUUAGAAGACUUAUACAAGAGUAUUGCAUGGCCUUUAAGUCGAAAGUAUGGAAAUGCAUACGAAGCUUUUAAACUUUCUAUUAUUGAUGAAACCGUUUGGGAAGGUAUUGAACCUCCAUCUAAGGAAAUAUUGAAUGAAUUAAAAGUUUACAUUUCAAAGAGGUUAACACCACAGGCUGUCAAGAUUAGAGCAGAUGUUGAAGUCUCAUGCUUCAGUUAUGAAGGUAUUGAUGCCAUUAAAGAAGCUUUGAAAGCUGCAGAAGAUUUGUCCACUGAACAAAUGGAAAUUAAAGUGAAAUUGGUAGCUGCUCCAUUAUAUGUCCUAACAACGCAAGCCUUGGAUAAACAACAAGGUAUUGCCAAAUUACAAGAAGCCAUUGAAAAGAUUAACGAAACUAUUUCCAAAUAUGAUGGUGUUUGUAAUGUCACAAUGCCACCAAAGGCAGUCACUGCCACAGAAGAUGCUGAAUUGCAAGCACUAUUGGAAAGUAAAGAAUUGGACAACAAAUCUGAUUCUGAAUCUGAUUCUGAAGAUUCAGACUAG